AUGGAAGUAUCGUAUCUGUGUACAUGUAAAUUAAAUGAGUCUGAGGAUGCGACACCUCAAACGGUAACGUUGAUGCCUGGAAAGUAUUUGGUCGAACUUUGGGGUGCAAGUGGUGGAUGUAAUACGAAAGAGCGAAGUGGCAAAGGUGCAUAUGUAUGGAUUCGUCUAAAUCUCGUUGAAUCGAAAACUUUUAUGAUCUUUGUUGGUGGAACCUCGAAUUAUUCUGAUGUAACAAUGGUGAAAGGCGGUUGUAACGGUGGUGGUGACUCAUAUCAAGGUAUACUUAUGAAUGGCGAUUCGAGAAUUGCGGGUGGAGGUGGUGGAUCUACUUCAAUAGGUCUGUCACUUUUAGAUGACGAUAGAAUUGCCGUUGCGGCUGGUGGUGGUGGCUGUGGAAAUGGGUACAAUGGUGGCAACACCGGUGGGUUAGUUGGCUUUGAUGGAGCAUCAUGCGUGGGAACUGAGCAAGGAGGGGGUUCAAGCCAAGAAGGCUCAGGGAUUGGAGGUUAUUAUGAAAAUCAUAUAGCAGAAAAUGGUAAAAUUAAAAAAGGUGGGAAAGGAACAGGAGUGGGUUACAAUGGUGGUGGUGGUGGAGGGGGAUAUUAUGGAGGAGGUGGUGCAUAUGAGGCAGGUGGUGGUGGCGGAUCUUCGUAUAAAAAGUCAGGUUAUUAUGGCCGAAUUCAAAGUGGAUCAGAAAUAUUUCGUUCGCCUGAAGGUAUUAACGAAGAAGGUCACUACGGUAACGGCUUUGCACGAAUCAAAUUCCUCUUAUUUUCAUGUGUAUGUAAUAUCAUAAAUCCAAACAGAUUCUUUAGCUUUCUGAAUUUUGUUGUUUUGUUUUUUUCAGAUAAAUAA